UGGGAACCGGGAGCACGGCGACGGAAAAAAACCCUUCGCCGGCGACCGCGCCAUGGGUCGUUUCGAAACAGGCGACCGAGAUACUACCCGAGAGCCAUGCCCUGAUCGAAUCAUCGAGGACUUGGGUGGCGCAUUUGGCAUGGGCGCGGUUGGAGGCUUUUUGUGGCACUUCGGAAGGGGAGCGCGGAAUUCCCCACAAGGGGACAGGCUACAAGGCGCUUUGUACAGCGCAAGAAGCAGGGCUCCUAUUUUGGGAGGGAACUUCGCAGUUUGGGGUGGCACCUUCUCCUGUUUUGAUUGCUCUCUGCAGUACAUCCGGAGGCAAGAUGACCACUGGAAUGCCAUUGCAUCAGGUUUCCUCACCGGUGGCGUACUCGCCGCCAGAGGUGGUUGGAAAGCCGCUUCGCGCAACGCUGUGAUUGGCGGCGUUCUUUUGGCGAUUAUCGAAGGAGUCGCCGCACUACUCAUGAGGUCAGCCUCUGAGACGCCGCGAGAAAUGCACAUGCGAGAAAAGCAGAUGAAGGACAACGGCGGCUGGCCCAGUUGGCUCAGAAGUCCUAUAGCUCCCACUGCCGCCGUUGAGUAGGUCGCCACUGCCAUGCCAUGACCGAAAGGUCGCCAGGACACCAGAAAAAUCCAUGGCAGGAGCGAAUAUAGAAAAAUCCAUGUUGGUGGUGAC